CCCGGCCGGCGUCUGUAGCGUCUUGAUGGAAUUGAUUGUCGUUUAGCCAUCGUUAAAAACCAUGAAACCGUUCAAAUAUGAAAAAUCAACCGGGCGUUGUAAUUGAGAGCCAUAAAAUGUCAAAUUCGCUCUCAGUUCUCCAUAAUCAUCUAACUCAGUUAUCGGAUGCCAUACUGGACCUUCUCUCCACAGUAAACUACACACCUCGAGAAGGCUCCAAUGUCUCUACCAAAUCCAUGCUUGAAUCUCUUCUCUCUAGCCAAAACUUUAAGCCUAACCCUGAAAUCACUGAAACCCAAUUCCACAAUUCAAUCAAGGACUUCGCUUUAGCUUGUGCCUUACUGUCCUCCUCUCAGACUUCGACCCAUGAAUUGCUUUUGUGGAUACCCAAUGAACUCUCGGUCAUGGCUACCGAGGGAUUUAAGGAAUUUUCGAGGAUGUAUUUCGGGAGUGUUUGUGGGAGUAGAAAUGAGAAGAGAGUUUGUGAAUUGUUGGGUUUGGAUUGUGGUUUGUUGAGUGAAGAGAAGAGGUUGGUGGUGGUGUUGAUGCCUGAGGUUUUGCCUGAGUUGAAAGGGAGUAUUAAGGAGAGUUGUAUUGAUAAGGGCACUGAUGGGGAUGAGGUUUCUGCUGCCUCAGCUCGGGCUCCGGUUGGAUUUGCCAUUGUGGCUGCCUGUCAGUGUAGAUGGUUUGUUAGUCAGGUUGAUUAUCCACAUUUGGGAAAAGUGUCUAAUUUGGUGAUUCCUUGUGGGUUGACUGCUCUUGAUCACUGGUCACCGGAGGUGAAAGGACAGGGCAUGAUUAGCUUCAUACAUCUUGCAAAAAAUUUGAAUGCUGCUGAGUUCGGUGUUUAUGAGGAUGUGAUUCUUGAUGCAUGCUGCCAGAAUAUUGCUUCUGCUGAUGAGAUAUGGUAUCAAGUAGUUGAGAUGUCGGUACUUCUUGUGACAUGUAUCCAGCAAAGCAAUCCUCGUAGUCCAUGGUUUGAGAGGAUGCUCAAUGAGAUGUUAAGUCACUUGGAACGCCAACCAAGAAAUAAGGAUCGCCGCGUUGCAUGGCUUACAUUUAUAGAACCACUUCUCCAUUCUGUUGGUCUUGUGUUAUUAGCUCAUUUUAGGCGGAUUUUUCCUCUUUUCUUUCAGUGGAUGCAUGCUGAUGACGAUGAAACUGUUCUACUGGUUCUUAAAAGGGUCCAAACGAUUAUAAGGCUAACAUGGAUAAGGAGCACACCUUAUGUUGAAAGAUUGGUGGAUGAACUCGUUGUGCUAUACAAGGAAGCGGCAUUGAAAAAAGCUCGAGAAGAAAUUAGAAAACAUGUUCUUGAGAUCCUGGUCUUGCUCCAUCACUGCAAGGGCCUGCAAUUUGAAGCAACCUGGGAAAAGCACAGGGAUGAUCCAAAUUUGACAACCCUUAGUUCCUCAUUGAGGGAAAUAUAUUGUGAAUAAUGUUGCUGGCCAUGCAGAACUGUUGCAGAGUUAUCGCUUAAAGUGCAUCUGCUUGUUCAAUAUCGUGUUACUCAAUUUUGAAGGGGGAAAAAAGUAGACAAGAUUGAAUAUUUUCUCUUGUUUUUCCAUGAUGUUCAAUCCUGUCUAAUCCCACAAAACCUUAGUAAGCAGUGUUUUGUAUCUUGUUCCUCAAUUACAGUUUUUUUAACUAAAUUCAGCACAUAUUUUAAAAUUAUUACUAACCUUUGCUCUAUAUGGUCA